AUGGUGGCACGUGGAUUACUGAGCACCGCCACGGUGUGCCUGCUGUUGGUUACCUCCACACUCGGAGGACGUCCCGCAUGGAAGUGGCUGGCGGAACCUUCCGACAUUUCGCUUAUGUUCGAGCCGGAACGGCAGGAGGAAGGCACCAGCGCCGUGCCGAACCGCCGACAGCCCGUUGACGAGUCGUACCGGCUGCCGAACAACACCUCUCCGGUGCAUUACCAUCUGGCACUCCGGACGGCCAUUCACGAAAACAAUCGUCAAUUCAGUGGCACGGUGCUGGUGCAGUUUGUAGUGCUCGAACCGACCACAACCGUCACGUUGCACAACCGCCAACUUUCGGUGCAGCGUGCCUUCCUGCACGAAGUGGCCACCGGUGGUUCGCCGGGACCACAGAUCGAACAAGUCUCGCACGCUACCGACACGCGCACGGAACAUCUGACGCUGUCGAUGUCCCAGCUGCUUCCCGCCGGUUCGCAAUACUUCCUGCGCAUUGAGUUCGACGGAGUGCUGCAGAACAACAACAAUAUGGGUUUCUUCGCCUCGUCCUAUCUGGACGACGAUGGCAACCGCCACUAUUUGGCCUCGAGCAAAUUCGAACCAACGCACGCCCGGUCCGCGUUUCCGUGCUUCGACGAGCCCCUGCUGAAGGCCACCUUCGAGCUGGAGCUGACACACUUCAAGGAGUACAACGCGGUGGCAAACAUGCCGUCUGCCGGCGCGCCCGUACCCGACCCGGACAAUGCCGAUUACGUGACGAGCCGGUUCCAAAUCACGCCGCAAAUGUCCACCUAUCUGGUGGCGUUUGCCGUGAGCGACUUUGCGAUACGUACGGCCGGCCAGCAGACGGUUUAUGCGCGCCCGAACGUGUACGAGGAAACGGCCUUUCCGGUCGAGGCGGGCAAUAAAAUUUUGGACGCACUCAGCGAAUAUAUGGACAUUUCCUACUACGAUUACAUGCCAAAGAUGACGCAAAUCGCGAUCCCCGAUCGUGGUACGGGAGCGAUGGAAAAUUGGGGCCUGGUGGCGUACGGCGAACCCGUCCUGCUGUUCAAUCCGGCCAUAAACACUUAUCGCAACAAAAAGAGCGUUACGACGAUCAUCGCGCACGAGUACGCUCACCAGUGGUUCGGCAAUCUGGUCAGUCCGCACUGGUGGGAGUACAUCUGGCUGAACGAAGGGUUCGCCACCGUGUACGAGUACUAUGGUGCGCAGCUCGCCUACCCGGAGGGUAACUACUGGGAUCUGUUCACGGUGGAGGUGAUCCACAAUGCGUUCAGCGCUGAUGCGAGCGAGUCGGUCCGCCCGAUGAACUGGAAUGCGGCCUCGCCGAACGAAAUUGCCGGUCUGUUCGAUACGGUCGCGUACGACAAAUCGGGCAGCGUGCUGAACAUGUUCCGUACCGCACUCGGGGACAACAUUUGGCGGCUGGGGCUGAAGACUUACAUGACCGCACGGCAGCUGGACGGCGCCACGGCGGAACAUCUGUACUCCGGUUUGCAGGAAUCUCUCGUGGCGAACGCUCCCACCUUGCUGCCGGCCGGCGUUACCGUACGUCAGCUGAUGGACUCGUGGACCUCGGCGCCGGGUUUUCCGGUGCUGAAUGUUUACCGCACGUACGGCACCGAUAAGCAGGAAGCAAUCCUCUCGCAGGAACGGUUCCUCUCCAACCAAAAGCUGCCGAACGCGCACGUGUUUCUCAUUCCGUACGAUUUUACCGGUGGCAAUGCACCGAACUUCGAACCCACGCCCGAGGGAUAUGCUUGGCUAGCGUCGAAGGCCGAACAAAUCACCACCGGCGUACCGGACAACCAGUGGAUCAUCUUCAAUCGGCAGCAAAACGGUUACUACCGGGUGAACUAUGACGCACACAACUGGGAUCUGCUCAUCGAAGCGCUGCAUGCCAAUCCGGAACAGAUCCAUCACCGCAACCGUGCACAGCUGCUAAACGACGCCUACAAUCUGGCUCGUGCAGACCGGAUCGAUUUUACGGUUCCGCUGCGUAUGAUGAGCUAUCUGCGUAAGGAAACGCAAUACGCACCGUGGACGGCGGCAGGAAGCGCGCUUACCUACUUCUACAACAAGCUGCGCGGCACGGAACACUACGAUCACUUCCUCGUGUACGUCAACCGGAUCCUGACGGACAUCUAUCCUACCCUGGCGAUUGACAGUGUCGCUCCGACCGAGACCCUGUUGCACCAGUAUCUCAAACAGUUCAUCACUACAUGGGCCUGCCGGAUUGGGCACGGUGAUUGUCUUCCGAAAAUGCAGCAAGCACUCACCGUAGCGCAUCAGACCAACACUCCCGUGCAUCCGGAUAUCGUAACUGCCGUGUACUGCAACGGGCUGGCCGAUGCUACCGACGAAGUCUUCGUGUGGGUGUGGGAACAGUUUAAAAACUCUCGCAACCAGGCACACCGCACGGUACUGAUCGAUGCGCUGGCCUGUGCGCGAAGCCCAGCCCAGCUAGAGUCCUUCCUCAUGACGGCCCUCGGCAGUGGCAGUGAGUUCGAUGCGAUGGUUUCAUCCGAACGGACGCGUAUCGUUUCCGCCGUUUACGGUGCAAGCCGGCAAGGUGUCGAUGCGGUGAUCGAUUUCCUGAUGGUAUCAUCGGACCAGGUGUCCGAGUUCGUGCAGCGCUUGGGACAGUCGGCACUGAACAAUGCCGUAUCGAAUAUCGCUUCCCGUACGAACAAUCAGCAGGAGCUGGACCGAUUGAAUCAGCUGCUCAACAGCUUGGGAUCGAUGAUUCCCGAGUCGGUGGCAACAAGUGCCCGCGCUACGGUACAAAACAAUUUUAACUGGUUCAACAGUCUUGAGGGUCUGGUGGCGCUUGAGUUCUUUGCAAAGGUGGCGACCACACCACAGGAAUUAUGA